AUGGCAUUGUCGAGCGGUGGCACAGAACUUUCAAAUCGGCGAUCUUGUGCCACGAUCCCGAUCGUUGGAGCGAACACUUGCCGGUUAUUCAUCAAAGCGUCGCCAGCCGAGAUGGUAUAUGGAACCACUCUUAAAAUACCAUCCGAGUUUUUCGUGGACGACAUCGAACAUCGAACGAAGCUGAAUUCGUCGCCAAUCUACGUAAAAAAAAUGCGGAAUCUUCGCCCAAAACAGACUGCAUGGCACGGUAGCAGGAAUGUUUUCUUUAAUAAGGAUCUACACUCCUGCAAAUACGUUUUCGUACGCAACGAUUCUGUGCGACCAUCGUUAUCGUCUCCAUACGAAGGACCAUUCGAGGUAGUAAGCCGAAAAGACAAAUUUUUCAAGGUGAAUAUCAAAGGACGGUCAGUCAAUGUUUCCGUUGAUCGACUGAAACCCGCCUACACAUUCGAAGAGCAGCACCCAUCGAGUUUAUCUGGACCUGCUGUUACAACUACCACAAUGACUCCAACGACUAGGGUUACUCGUUCUGGUCGACGAGUAUUUAUUCCACUUCGCUAUCGCUGA